AGAUUGAAUAGGGACAAAGUGUUGGUAGAACUAGAGUCUGUAUCAACUUUAUUGUUACGGAUAAGAGUUGGGAUUUUGGAUUUUUGUAUCUAGGGGAGUGAGUUUGAUGAGAACAAAAUUUAAUGCAGAAAAGGCUUGGUGGGGCUACAAAUAGCAAAGCAAAUAGGUGCAAAAUCACAAGAGCAAAAGAAACAAGACAAGUGCAAGUUACAAAAAAUGGCUUCUGCUCCUUCUCAGACUAAUUUCCAGCGAUUGCUUCGUGCUCUCACUCCUACUGUGCGUCCUAGACCAAUCCCCAGGGCCUAUGUGGAGGGAUGGAACAAAACAUGGAACCCUUUAGGCCAGCCAAUAACUCAAUACUACAGUUUAGGUGAUCUCUGGUAUUCUUUCGAGAAAUGGAGUGCCUGCGGUACUGGAACAAGGAUUGAAAAUCCUGGUGGCGAAGACGUGAUGCACUAUUUUGUUCCAAAGCUAUCUGCAAUUCAAAUUUUUACCACCAAAUCCCUUGACAAAUUAAGGAUCCUGAAAAUCAAAGACAUCAAAGAUAUCGAUGGACUAGAGGCUGAGCUUUGGAGUGACGAAAGUGAUGGUGAGAAGUCGUCGGGUUCUCCUAGCAAUGACUCUAGCAAUGCUUGGGAAGUUACUGCUGAUGACUGGGGCAAUGACUAUGAGGAUCCACCGCUGUACAGGAGAAACUUCAGGAACCUUUAUUUUGGGGCAGAGGACACAACCUCCCCGUACUUUAGGGCACCCCUAUUUGAAAAAAUUUUCGAAGCUACUGUACAAUAUCCAGGCCUUAUGACAUUGAAGAGCACGGAUUUAACCCCUGCCAGUUGGAUAGCAAUUUCGUGGUAUCCCAUUUAUCAGGUUGCAGCGCACGAAGUAAAGGAUGAUAUGGCUUCACCUUUCCUUACUUUCCACACCUUGUCUUCGUUUUUCAUAGAUGCUGCUGACGUGACUGCUGACGCGAUCUCUCUCCCUCCAUUUGGGAUUGCUUCAUACAGGCUGGAAGGAGACAUAUGGUUUGGUAGCGAACAAGCAGAUUAUGUGAAGUUCUAUGACCUUCACCGUGCUGCUGAUUCCUGGCUGAAGCAGGUUCACUUCAAUCAUUAUGAUUUUAAGUUCUUCAACAAAAAAGCUGACCAUGACUGCAAUGCUGAUUGCCCUUGUCGUCGCUAUGGAAAUUACCAUAAGGAUUUCUGAUAAAUUAACAGUUUCAUACUGGUUUCGGAACUUUGAGAGCAGUUAUGUAAUGUUCUCUCGAUUUCCUUACUGUAAUAAGUGAAAGCUCGAGAGACUUUGUUAGGAUUACUAAGAAACUUUGGCUGUCUGCUGUGCAUUGUCAUAGACAAGUAA